UUUUCAGGGUUCUUAGCUUUCUUAGCUUAGUUGAACAAAGCUUCCAAACUUGCAACUUGCAAAAUCGCAAACCUGCGACCCAUUCAAAACCUUGUAUUUUCCAAGUGUCCGGUUAUAGUUGUGGGACUCUCUUUUUAACUUCACUCGUCCGGCACUUAAGCUGAGCUUAUUACAGGUCUACAGUAUUAUGUCUGUAGCCGUUACGCACGUAGCAUAGUUUGCUUCUCGUUUCCAAUUCCGACUCUAUUCCUACCUGUCCUCCGUUCUUCAAGACCAGACUCUACCCCGUACUCGAUAUCCUGGAGUUAUGAUCGAUUAUCGAGAUAGACAGAUUGCGUACAUACAGGAUGCUUCCUUACAUUAAUAUACCGUUCGAGUGGUUGUCUGGAGUGGUGGGGGCUUCUCCUGAUGAGCUCAAACUCAUAUUCUCCCUCCUCGCCUCUUACCCGCUUGCUGGCCUCUUGAAGCGUGUGCCAGAUGCUCGCCCCGAAUACAAGAAUCUAUUUAAUAUAGGCGGAGGGCUGUUCUAUCUCGUAGGCCUAUUCUCGCUAUGGGUCGGCGUUCGAACCCUCUUCAUCUCAUCCGCCGUCACAUAUGGCCUCACCUAUUACUUACGAACGUCCGCCUACAUGCCAUGGAUGGCCUUCGUGUUCCUCAUGGGCCACAUGGCUGUAAACCAGCUCAGUCGCCAGUUCGAUGGUAACCCUUCCGGAGUUGACAUUACCGGUGCGCAAAUGGUACUUGUUAUAAAGUUAUCUGCUUUCGCUUGGAACGUGGCGGACGGCACCCUACCCGAGGACCAGCUCAGCGACUUUCAGAAGAGCAGAAGAAUAGUUAAGCUUCCCAGCCUACUAGACUAUGCCGGAUAUGUGUUGUUUUUCCCGGGACUCUUGACUGGUCCGGCCUUCGAUUAUAACGAGUACCGCGCCUGGAUCGACUGUUCUAUGUUUGACGUCCCGGCCACUAUCGACCCCGCCAAGAAGCCACCCACCAGGAAGAAGCGCAAGAUUCCAAGGAGUGGUACGCCCGCCAUGUUGAAAUUGGCGAGCGGUCUCGGGUGGAUUUGGAUCUUCUUGAACUUGAGCAAAUGGUACGGCCCUGAAGCCCUCCUCAAGGACCGCUCUCCUGCAGCAGGCUUCCUACGCCGCGUUUUGAUUAUGCAUAUGGUAGGCUUCACCGCCCGCUGUAAGUACUACGGCGUGUGGUCCCUGGCAGAGGGUUCGUGUAUUUUGGCCGGCCUGGGUUUCAAUGGCGUAGAUCCCGUGACGGGUAAAGUCUCAUGGAACCGACUACAGAAUAUCAACCCGUGGGGUGUAGAGUUGGCACAAAACAGCCGCGCCUAUCUUGAGAACUGGAAUAUGAACACUAACAAGUGGUUACGUUACUACGUCUACCUCCGCGUAACACCGCGAAAUAAGAAACCAGGCUUCCGCGCCAGCAUGGCCACUUUUGUGACCAGUGCGUUCUGGCACGGUUUUUACCCAGGGUACUACCUCUCAUUUGUCCUUGCUAGCUUCAUCCAGACAGCCGCAAAGAACUAUCGCCGCUACCUACGACCUUUCUUCCUUGACCCAGCCACGCAGAAGCCACUUCCCAGCAAAAAAUACUACGACAUAGUGUCGUGGAUAGCGACACAAACAACCUUCUCGUUCGCAGUAUCCCCCUUCAUCCUCCUACGCUUAGACGACUCCCUCCGCGCCUGGAGCCGCGUGUACUUCUAUGCAAUAAUCACCACGGGCGCUAGCUUAGCGUUCUUCGCAUCUCCAGCUAAAUCUCAGCUCCGCCGAAUGCUGGAGGAACGCACGCGCGGCCGCGGCACCAGCAGCGGUAAGACGUCCCGCUCCGCAAGCGCAGAUAGUUCGGCCGGCCCGGUACUGGGCCUUAGUGCGGAUCCGGGUAAGGAUAUUGAUGAGGCGUUGCAGGAGUUGCGAGAGGAGGUGGAGAGGGUGAGGAAAGAUGUUGAUGGAAAGACAGAUCAGAACAGGAGUCGCGAGGGGAAGAAGGAAUUGUGAUUUAUUCUUACGGUCGACUCCCCGAGAAAUUUAAUGCCGAGAUCGAUCAAUGGUCGGGUGUGGAGUGGGUUCGAGGCUAAUGGAGAUAUCAACCAUGGUACUAUGUAGUAAGAGUGGAAUUCAAGUGGCAUGAUCAAGUUUGGCGGUCUAUAAUCCUUGUUUGGCUACUAAGGAGUCCGGAAGCAGGCCGGCAUACUAAUGAUCAGCUCAUGUGAAGUGGGAAGU